UCGGUGCGACGUGCUUGUUUCAGCGCCGCUCAUUUGUCCCGAAGCAGGUCGUGCGAAAAGAACAUCGACAAGGCUAUGGCUAAUAACGAUAUCUAGUGUACUUGGUGCAGGCUGUGAGAGAGCCGAAAGCCCAAGAUUUGACCAGACGAUGAAGAUUCCCGAUUUCCUGAUCAUCCUCAUCUCCCUCUUCCUCGCGGCAGCCGUAUCCCUCCUCCUCGGCGGCCGCCGUCUACGACCGAACAAGAAGAGGAGGCUCCCGCUCCCGCCGGGCCCGGCGGCGGUGCCGAUCCUCGGCAACCUGCUAUGGCUGCGCCACUCCUUCUCCCUGCAGAAUAUCGAACCCCUCCUCCGCGAGCUGCACUCCCGCUACGGACCCAUCAUCACCCUCCGCAUCGGCCCCGUCCCCGCCGUCUUCGUCGCCGACCGCGCCCUCGCCCACCGCGCCCUCGUGGAGCUGGGCGCCGCCUUCUCCGACCGCGCCCGUCCCCUCCCCGCCGCCCGCUUCAUCAGCGCCGACAGCCACGUCGUCUCCUCCGCCGCCUACGGCCCCCUCUGGCGCCUCCUCCGCCGCAACCUCGUCGCCGAGAUCCUCCACCCCUCCCGCCUCAGGCUCUACGCCCCCGGCCGCCGCUGGGUCCUCCGCCUCCUCGCCGACGACCUCCGCUCGCAGUCCCGUUCCUCCGACGGCGGCCCCGUCGCCGUCAUGCCCAGCUUCCAGUUCGCCAUGUUCGCUCUGCUGGUGCUGAUGUGCUUCGGCGAAAAAUUAGAUCACGAGUCGAUAAAGCAGAUCGAGAUCGCCCAGCGCAGCUUCCUCCUCUACGUCGUCAGCAACCUCAGCGUCCUCGGCAUCCUUCCGCAGAUUACCAAGCACAUCUUCCGAAACAGAUUGAAGACCGCAACAGCGUUGAGGGCGAGACAGCGCGAGCUGUUCGUCCCGUUGAUCCGUGCCCGGGAAGAAUUCAAGAGGAAAAAGCAGCAGCAGCAGCGGCGGCAGAACGGCGACCAGGUUCAAGAAGACGAGGAGCGAUUCGUGUACUCGUACGUCGACUCCCUGCUGGACAUGGAGAUCCCGGAGGAAGGUGGGAGAAAGCUGAGCGAGGAGGAGAUGGUGGCGCUGUGCUCGGAGUUCCUGAACGCCGGCACGGACACGACGUCGACGGCGCUGCAGUGGAUCAUGGCCAACCUGGUGAAGCACCGGGACGUGCAGAGGAAACUUGCGGAGGAGAUCGACCGCGUGGCAGCGGGGAAUGCGGAGGAGGAGGAUGCCAUAAGAGAAGAGGACUUGCAAAAGAUGCCGUACCUGAAGGCGGUGGUGCUCGAAGGGCUGCGGCGGCACCCGCCGGGGCACUUCGUGCUGCCGCAUGCAGUGACGGAGGAGACGGAGAUCACAGGGUACCGAAUUCCGAAGGAGGCGGCAGUGAACUUCCUGGUGGCGGAGAUGGGGCGGGAUGGGAGGGUGUGGGAGGCGCCGAUGGAGUUCCGGCCGGAGCGGUUCAUGGAGGGAGGUGACGGCGAGGGGGUAGAUGCCGCAGGGGUGUGCAAGGGGGUGAUCAAGAUGAUGCCGUUUGGGGCGGGGAGGAGGAUGUGCCCAGGACUGGGUCUCGCCCUGCUGCACCUCGAGUGCUUCGUGGCGCAUCUUGUCAGGGAGUUCGAGUGGCUGCCGGCAGCAGAGGGGGAGGAAGUCGACUUGGCAGAGAAGCCCGAAUUCACCAUCGUUAUGAAGAAUCCCCUCAGGGCUCGUCUGGUGCCCAGGAGCAGGCAUGCUGCUUAGCCUGCAGAGAUUUUGUUGCUCUGCUGUCUUACACAUUUAUACUUCCCUCUGCUGAUUACUACUGCCCGCAGAUGUUGGUGGGUAGGAUAAUGCACUAUCCAUUGUAGUACACAAUAAAUCGUUUCACCUAAACUGUUAUUUGGUAAUCAAAAUCACAGGACAAUGGAAUCUAUUUGCAGUUCAAUUGUUUCAACUCAA